AUGAUGAAAAUAUGGUCUAUGAAGAAGCAACAGCAGCAAGAUGAGGCUGCUGCUGCCGCGACAAGCAAAAAGAAGAAGGUCACUCCAGCUCAGCUCCGCGCACAGAAGGAUCUUGAAGAACUGUCUCUCGGCACGACGAUGCAGACGCACUUCCCCAACCCUGACGAUAUCCUCAACUUCAAGCUCACAAUCGAUCCGGACGAGGGCAUGUAUAAGGGCGGUCGAUUUGACUUCGACUUCAAGAUCAACCAGAACUUCCCACACGACCCUCCGAAAGUCAAGUGUACGCAAAAGAUCUACCACCCAAACAUCGAUCUAGAGGGCAACGUCUGCCUGAACAUUCUACGAGAAGACUGGAAGCCCGUCCUGAACUUGAACGCGGUGGUUGUUGGCCUACAGCGGGCAGGCACUGACAGAAUGCAGUUUCUCUUCCUCGAACCAAAUGCGUCGGAUCCGUUGAACAAGGAGGCUGCAGAGGACCUCAAGGCGAACCGAGAAGGCUUCAAGCGCAACGUGCGCUCAUCACUGGGCGGCGGUACAGUCAAGGGACAAACCUUCGAUCGCGUGCUCAAAUGA